AAUCAAAUUUCAGGCUGGAUGCUGUUGUCGCUGCUAGUGGGUUCGGCAACAAAGACAUGAAAGUUUUGGAAGAGGUUUGUGUGAUUUGAUGCAUGGAGACAUACUCUGAUUGUUCGUCAGUACAUGGCGGCUGUCAAUGACGAAGAAGCGCACGAUGAGGAGGAGGAGGAGGAGGAGGAGGAGGAAGAGGAGAAAGAUGAUGAAGACGAUAAUGAAGGCAAUGGAGAGGGCGAGGAGAAGAGGGCAGGGCAUGGAGGAGAUGAAGGACGAAACCAGGAAGACGAUUCCGAUGCCCAAAAUCCCGAGAUGGAAGAAGAAGUGACAAACACCGCUCGAAUGACAACGAAUACGGCCAUGACCGUUGACAUACCUCAAGAUCGUGAUGUUGAAAUGGAUGACGAGCCUCACCAAGCAAAAUUGCGAGGACGAGCAGAGGACGAUCCAUCAGACGUCUCGGACAUCUCAGAGAGUCGGGAAUUAUCAAGAUCACCUCCUCGAUCCAGAUCAGUAUCUCCGGAUUCUCUUGCCAAGAUGGCAGAGGCACUCAGUCUAAACAAUGUCAGAAACAUCGUUUCCUCGAAUCUAUCAAAGAGUCGAGCGCAGCAGCAGCGGAAAUAUCACUCAAAACGGGGUGUUCGGAAGGCGGGAAGGCCACAGGGUAGUAAGGCCAAACAGGAUACUCGGGUGAAGAUGGAUAGAAGCGGCGUGUGGGAUUGAAGGCUUCUGGUUGACAAACUACGGUUACUUACAUUGCCUUUUUUGGAUUUACUGUGCUCUGUGUUUGCAAUGCCUCUGGCAGCCAAACAAAGACCUCUUUUUGUCCUCUUACUGCUCCUCGACGAUGGACAGAACAGAUCUCGAGACAUACCAGGUCCAGCUAUCUCAAGUCGAGGUCGCUCUCUCUGCCGACCCAGAUAACGCAGAGCUUGAAGCACUGCGCUCAGAGCUGAAG